AUGUUCCCGAAAUCUGCUCUCCUCGCUCUCGCCUUCGGCGCCACCGCCUACGGUCAGCUCGUCGGUACUUAUCAGACCGAAACGCACCCCCGCCUCCCCUUCCAGCGCUGCACGACCGGUGGCGGAUGCACCACAGUCUCCCAGGGCCAGGUCGUGCUCGACUCGAACUGGCGCUGGACGCACGUCAGCAACGGCUACACCAAUUGCUACACCGGGAACGCAUGGAACGCCACCGCGUGCCCGAACGCUAGGACAUGCGCGAGCAACUGCGCGGUCGACGGCGCCGACUACUCUGCCACGUACGGCAUCACCGUCAGUGGCAACGCGCUCACCCUCAAGUUCGUCACGACCAACACCAACGGCAAGAACGUCGGUUCGCGCGUGUACCUCAUGUCGAGUGACACACAGUACGAAAUGUUCAAGCUCCUGAACCAGGAGUUCACCUUCGACGUCGACGUUUCGAACUUGCCGUGUGGCCUCAACGGGGCCCUCUACUUCUCUGAGAUGGAAGCGGACGGUGGCAUGUCAAGGUUCUCGUCGAAUAGGGCCGGUGCAAAGUACGGAACCGGAUACUGCGAUUCGCAGUGCCCCAAGGAUAUCAAGUGGAUCAACGGAGAGGCGAACGUCGAGGGCUGGCAGCCUUCCGAGACGGAUCCCAACGGCGGCAGUGGUAGCUUCGGUACAUGCUGCAACGAGAUGGAUAUCUGGGAGGCCAACUCCAUCUCCACCGCCUACACCCCACAUCCUUGCACUGUCACGGGCCAAUACCGCUGCUCCGGCGCCGAGUGCAAUACUCCCACCGAGCGCUACAACGGCGUGUGCGACCCCGACGGCUGCGACUUCAACUCGUACCGUAUGGGCAACACCGAGUUCUACGGCCCCGGCAAGGUCAUCGACACGGCCAAGAAGAUGACCGUCGUGACCCAGUUCAUCUCCACUGACGGGACGACGAACGGGCAGCUCAAGGAGAUCCGGCGGAUCUACGUGCAGGACGGGCGGGUCGUGCAGAACUCCAAGGUCAACAUCCCCGGGAUGUCGUCCGACUACGACAGCAUCACGGAGGACUUCUGCAGGGACCAGAAGACGGCGUUCGGGGACACAAACAGCUUCGCGGCCAAGGGGGGCAUCAACGGGAUGGCGUCAGGGAUCAAGAACGGGAUGGUGCUCGCACUGUCGAUCUGGGACGACCACCACGCGCACAUGCUCUGGCUCGACUCGACCUAUCCUGUUGAUUCGACUGCCCCAGGUGCGGCCCGCGGGACAUGCCCCACGACAGGUGGGGACCCGGAGGACGUCGAGGCCAACCAUCCGGACGCGUCGGUGACCUACUCGAACAUCAAGGUUGGCGAUAUUGGCUCGACGUUCAGCUCGACCGGCUCCGGAGGCGGCGGCAGCCCGCCCACGACGACAACUUCCGCUCCUGGUGCUGCCCAGACCAAAUGGGGUCAAUGCGGUGGCCAAGGCUACAGCGGACCGACCGCCUGCGUCAGCGGCUCGACCUGUGUCGUCCUCAACGACUGGUACAGCCAAUGUCAGUAG